AUGGGCACCGGACCUAUCCGCACCGCCAUCAAGGUAGACUUGAACAAACCAGCCCGCGAACAAAAGGGCCUCCAUAACAGAUGGCAUCCCGAUGUCCCUAGCUACGGAACCAUCGCCAACAAUGAAGUCGUCAAGAUCGAAUGUCUAGACUGGACCGGCGGCCAGAUCAAGAACAACGACUCGGCUGACGACAUUAAGAACGUCGACCUGACACAAAUCCACUACCUCUCGGGCCCAUUCGACAUUGAAACGGCUGAGCCAGGCGACGUCCUCCUCGUCGAGAUUCAAGACGUCCAGCCAUUCGAGGAUCAUCCAUGGGGCUUUACAGGUGUCUUUGCGAAGGAGAACGGCGGAGGGUUCCUUGACGAGAUCUAUCCCGAGGCCGCCAAAGCCAUUUGGGACUUCGAGGGCAUCUUCUGCUCCUCCAGGCACAUUCCGCAUGUGCGGUUCGCCGGCCUCAUCCACCCCGGUAUCCUCGGUUGCGCUCCAUCCGCAGAGGUGCUUGCUGAGUGGAACCGGCGUGAGGGCGAGCUGAUCGCGGCCAACACUUCCACGCGCGAUGUCGCAAAGCCUCCGGAGCCGAGCAACGCCCACGCCGGCAGUGCAGGCGAGGAACUCGCAGCGAAGAUCGGACGCGAGGGAGCGCGAACCAUUCCGGGCCGCCCAGAACACGGCGGUAACUGCGACAUCAAGAACCUCUCUCGUGGCUCCAAAGUAUACCUCCCCGUACAUGUCCCAGGCGCCAAAUUCUCCGUUGGAGACCUGCACUUCUCCCAAGGCGACGGCGAGAUCUCGUUCUGCGGUGCCAUCGAAAUGGCAGGCGUGAUCACGCUCAAGUUCACCGUUAUCAAGGACGGCAUGGCCAAGCUAGCUAUGAAGUCGCCCAUCUUCCACCCGGGCCCUGUGGAACCGCAGUUCGGGCCUGGCCGGUACUUGACGUUCGAGGGCUUCUCCGUUGACGAGAAUGGCAAACAGCAUUAUCUCGAUGCAACGGUUGCGUACCGUCAGACUUGCUUGAGGGUUAUUGAGUACCUGAGGCGGUAUGGGUACAGCGACUACCAGAUUUACCUCCUGCUGAGUUGUGCGCCCGUGCAGGGGCAUAUUGCGGGCUUGGUGGAUAUCCCGAAUGCGUGUACGACGCUAGGCGUGCCGAUGGAUAUAUUUGAUUUCGAUAUCAGGCCCGAGGCGGAGGUUGCAAAGCUUGAUAUGGGGACCUGUGCGUUUACUUCGAAGUAA